UUGGGCUUGGGCGGCGGCGGGGGCUCGGCGCUGCGAGGAGGGGCCCGGGCGGCGGACGAUGGCGGAGAAGCUGAAGCACGACGGGCGCGUGAAGAUCGGCCACUACGUGCUGGGCGACACGCUGGGGGUCGGCACCUUCGGCAAAGUGAAGAUUGGAGAACACCAGUUGACAGGCCAUAAAGUGGCAGUCAAAAUCUUAAAUAGACAGAAGAUUCGUAGUUUGGAUGUGGUUGGAAAAAUCAAACGAGAGAUUCAAAAUCUAAAACUCUUCCGACAUCCCCACAUUAUCAAACUAUACCAAGUCAUCAGCACCCCAACUGAUUUUUUUAUGGUAAUGGAAUAUGUGUCUGGUGGUGAAUUAUUUGACUACAUCUGUAAACAUGGACGGGUUGAAGAGACAGAGGCUAGAAGACUCUUUCAGCAGAUUCUUUCUGCUGUGGAUUAUUGUCACAGACACAUGGUUGUUCACCGAGACCUGAAACCCGAGAAUGUGCUGCUGGAUGCCCACAUGAAUGCCAAGAUUGCCGACUUUGGUUUAUCAAAUAUGAUGUCAGAUGGUGAAUUUCUGAGAACGAGCUGUGGGUCUCCAAAUUAUGCAGCACCUGAAGUCAUCUCAGGCAGGUUGUACGCGGGGCCCGAGGUGGACAUCUGGAGCUGCGGCGUGAUCCUGUACGCCCUGCUCUGCGGGACGCUGCCCUUCGAUGAUGAGCACGUCCCCACCUUGUUUAAGAAGAUCCGCGGGGGGGUCUUCUACAUCCCGGAGUACCUGAACCGUUCCAUCGCCACUCUGCUCAUGCACAUGCUGCAGGUGGACCCUCUGAAACGGGCCACCAUCAAGGACAUCAGAGAACACGAGUGGUUUAAACAAGACUUACCCAGUUAUUUAUUUCCUGAAGACCCUUCCUAUGAUGCAAAUGUCAUUGAUGAUGAAGCUGUGAAGGAAGUGUGUGAAAAGUUUGAGUGCACAGAGUCCGAAGUGAUGAACAGCCUGUACAGCGGAGACCCCCAGGACCAGCUCGCCGUGGCUUACCACCUCAUCAUCGACAACCGGCGCAUCAUGAACCAGGCCAGCGAGUUCUACCUGGCCUCCAGCCCGCCCACGGGCUCCUUCAUGGACGACAGCGCCAUGCACAUUCCCGUCGGGCUGAAGCCGCACCCCGAGCGCAUGCCGCCCCUCGUCUCCGACAGCCCCAAAGCCAAGUGCCCCCUGGACGCCCUGAACACGACCAAGCCCAAGUCUCUGGCUGUGAAAAAGGCCAAGUGGCACCUGGGCAUCCGCAGUCAGAGCAAACCCUACGAUAUUAUGAAUGAGGUCUACCGGGCCAUGAAGCAGCUGGAUUAUGAAUGGAAGGUGGUAAAUGCUUAUCAUCUUAGAGUGAGAAGGAAGAACCCUGUGACCGGCAAUUAUGUGAAAAUGAGCCUUCAGCUGUACCAGGUGGACAAUCGAAGUUACCUUUUGGACUUCAAGAGUAUUGACGAUGACCUGGCGGAGCAGAAGUCCGGCUCCUCCACGCCCCAGCGCUCCUGCUCUGCUGCCGGCCUACACCGACCAAGGCUGAGCUUCGAUUCGACCACGGCCGACUGCCAUUCUCUCGCUGGAUCCUUGACGGGCUCCCUGACGGGGAGUGUGCCUUCGGUAGCGCCGCGCCUGGGCAGCCACACCAUGGACUUUUUCGAAAUGUGCGCCAGUCUGAUCACUACCUUAGCUCGCUGACGAUGGCUCAUCCCCAGUCUCUGUCCUUGUGUUAUUGCACUGUGAGAAUCAAAUCUGUCUUUUUAAAUUAUUAUCUCCUAUUCUGGAUAUCUUAUACACCAUAAUCCGAACGGAAAGUUGUAUUUCCCAGGGACACCCACUUCCACAUUGAUCAUUGAGUAGACUGACAUUUUAUCUGUUUUGCUCAUGGAGAAGUCACAUAUGUAAUAUGUUUGAUAGGUAAAUAGGAAUGAAAGUGAUUGUGGUUUUAAAGUAGAAAAUCUGUGUGUAAGCCGAUCGACAUCAUCCUUCCGAAGCUGUAGCCUUAAUUAUGGGGAUUCUGAAGCAUCAUUUCUCUGUAGUCUUUGACAUGGGUACAUCAGGGUGACUCUGCACAACCCUUGCUAGGUGGUGAGGUAUUUUUAGCCCUCCCACUUACCUCCAGUUUACUAUAAUAAGCAACUAGUGUAUGCACAGAUGUAGGCAGAGUCCAACAAGACUUUUUGUUUUUGUAAUCUGUCCUGCAGUCCUUAGUCUGGUGUUGAGAGCGUGAGAGGAGAGAACUAGCCAAAGAAUUCCAGGGUCAAGAUUCUCCUUGUCUAGACGCGUCUCAUGCGGGGCAGCAUGGCGAGUUCGUGGUUCUUCUGCAGCAGGUUUCCGUCAUUCUUGGGAAGUCACUGUUUUGGAAAAGGUCCUUGGAUCACCUUUGCACACCCACCUCAGGGCUUUUGAUAUCUAUCUUUCCAGAGUGCUGAUUUCAUUUCUGAACCUUUUUUUUUUUUUCCUUUUUAAAAUUUUCAAGGAAUAUAGGAUGCUUAGAAUUAUUCCCAUUUGGCUUUUUAGGUUUAUUUCUCCACCCCUCCCACCAAGUUUCACAGAAUGAUUUUGAGACCUCUUUUCCAAUUUUUCCGAGACAAACUGAUAUUUGCUUUAUUUAAUCUUUUCUAGUUUUUAAUAAUAGUGAAAUAGACCCUUAAAUGAGAGAGCAACCACUCUAAAAAGCAAGCACUUACCUCUGGUCACACAUUGGACCGCAUUAGAAACUCUGAAUUCCAUCGAGUCAGCUCUUUGUUUCAAGUUUGAUUUCUUUCUCUUCUUUCCCCUUUCUUCCCACCGUACUUUUCUUUAUGAUUUCAUUUCUCCUCGAUACUGGAUGAGCUUUUACAUUUUCUGAAGAUCUGAAUUUGGUUAUUACCCUUUUAAUCAAAAACAUAAUUCCAACCUUCUGGGCUUCAGGUUUGGAAUGAGCUGUGACCUUCACUGUGGAAUGGAUAGGGAAGGGACACUGACCCAUUUUGUUCUAUCAUUACAUCCCUAUAUCUUUUAUAGAUAUAGAUAUACACACAGUAGAUGUAUGUGUAUAUUACAUUGGCGUGUUUACUUUCCCUUUUUAAAGAAGAAAAAAUGUAAUUUCUUUCUCUGGCUCACACACGUAUCUACUUUUUCUUUCUUUUUAUUCAGUGCUUCUUUUUGAUACCGAGAAUGCCAUCUUUCACCUGACUCAUCCGAGAUAUAAUACUUAGUAUAAAUUAUAAAAUUACAAAUCAUCCGACAGUGAGAUGAAACGUGGCAUCGCUUUUAGGGAUUAUGUUUGUCAGACAUCUCGCGUUCUCCGCCAAGAACCAAAUGAGGAUUUGAUAUCCCUUUUUCAUUCUAAAAAUGGUGCAUUUUUUAUUCUGAAAUAUUAGCCAAGUCAGGAAUUAUUAUGGGUUAACAAUACAGCAUGUUGUUUAGUAGGAUUUUUUAAAAUGCUUUAAAUAUUUUGUAAAUGAUUUGAUUUUUAGAUUCAAAUGUGGGUUUUUUUUAAUGCAAAAGUGAAAAUAUUGUUAUUACUACUGUUUUUUUAAUCAUUAUUUUGAUUAAUUAGAGAGCUGCUGGAAAGUCCACCAUCUAGUGGCAAUUGAGCGUAAUUGUUUCCCCUUCAGUGGUUACCGGCAUGAUUCAGGCUUGCUUGCUCCAAUGAGAACUGAGGGUCUUUCCUGCUCCUUCUCGUUUCAGAUUCUAAAUGGACAACUUUGCUUUUUGGAGGAAAAGUUGCCAUAUUUCACACACGGCUGCGGGACAAGCCUAGUGGCUGUAAAAUGCUAGAAUAGGAAAUUAGUCCAAUUAACACCCAAACCUGCAGGAGUUCUGAACAUGGAAACCUACAAAACAGAGCCAGUCCCCACCCAGCCAACAUGUGUCAGAGCUGGGACGAGAGGGAGAACCAGAAGGGCUCACGUGGUGUUGGGGAAGAAGUGGGUGUAUGAGCCCACAGCACUGCUUGCAAGGGACUGUGGGUCAUGAAAGGGGGCCAUGGCAGAUGGGGAGGGGGUUCCCGGAGAGGUCCGAGCUAAGAGCCGGACCUGGCGGAGGCCGGGAGGGAAACGUCCCAGGCUUGAGAGACAGGACUGCCGUCAUAUUAGUGUUAUAGUGCACAUGCUACUCCAAACUUUGACCAAGUUUGUUCACAUAAAAUUGACUUUAAAAUGGGUUGUGGAUAUUGGUGUUAGGACUUUUGGAAUAUUUUCUUUAUGAACAUCUCAUUUUUUCUCUCUCAUCU